UUAGAAAAGGCAAUACAAUGGAUUUCACGAGAAAUGAUCCAUUUGAAGUAUUUGAUUCAAACAACGACAUCAGCAGUACAACAGACUUCCUGAUGCCGGCUGAAGAGUAUAUGGCACAGAAGAGACCACACAACGGACACUCAUAUGGCGAACCUCCAACAAAGCGGCCUGCGCCCAGUAUACGACUUGGUGCUGGAUUUAAAUGGAACUUACAGGCUCUCGCCAAUGCAGCAGAAGCAGUGCAGUCAGGUGGCAAGUCUCCGGUGUCAGCGCUGAACGAGCUCGGUGUACGGGUCACUUAUACGGUGCUGAGACAAGGGGGUCCGGCCCACUGUCCCAGCUUCACUGUAGCUGUGAAUGUAGCGGAUAUGACGUUCGAAGGGUGGGGCCACAGUAAACGCGAGGCGCGGGCGUCAGCCGCUCGCGCUUGUCUCUCAGCCCUACUGGCGCAUGUGGGCCGGGUCCUGCCAACUGGCAAUCCUCAGCAUGACUUCACAAGCGACGACCCUGGCAAGUAUUCAGUAUCAAAUUUCCAAUGUAUGCCCACUAAGAUGAACGUCUCGGACGAUGAAACACCAAUGCACAGCGGGGGGCAGAGUCCUGUGUUCACCCCACCGACAAGCGGCUCCUCUCCAGCCACCGCUCUGUUCGGGGCCACUAACGCCACCACAAUAGUCAAGAGUCCAAUCAAUAUGUUGUACGAAAACUACCCUGGUCUGAUCUUCAACUGCACCUUCGGGGAUGGUUCACCCCUGGACGCCACGCAAGCUCCCCUUCAGCUAAGCCACAGCAUGAGGUUCAAAGUCGUUUGUCAAAUCAAGGAUCAGAAAUUCGAAGGUUAUGGGUCAAGCAAGAAACUGGCAAAGUUGGCAGCGGCCCGGUCAGCUCUGGCGGUCCUGGAUGAAGGGCGGGUGGAAGCGGCACCCACUCCAACCAGAACUGGUUUCCUUCCUCAAACCCUCGCCGAUCACAUUGGCAAGCUGGUGAACGAGAAGUUCAAUGAGGUGAUGAAGGGUGAUCUAAUCCAUUCCAAACGUAAAGUCCUCGCCGGUAUUGUGAUGACCAUCAACAACAGACCGGAAGGUGCCAAGGUGAUAGCUGUGACCACCGGUACCAAAUGUGUGUCAGGCGAACAUAUGUCAGUACGCGGACGGGCGCUCAACGACUGCCAUGCUGAGGUGGCGGCUCGGCGUUGUUUGCAGAGAUAUCUAUAUUCACAGCUUCUGAUGUACGCAUCUGCUAAAGACCCGAGGCGGCCGAUACCGCAAUCAGACAUUGAACCUAUACCCGGCGGUGGUUACCAGCUGCGGGCUGACCGUCACCUGCAUCUGUACGUGAGCACGGCGCCCUGUGGUGACGGACGCAUCUUCAGUCCACACGAACAGUCAGAACCUGAGCCUGACAGACAUCCCAACAGAUUAGCACGAGGUCAGCUCCGGACGAAGAUAGAAUCCGGUGAAGGUACAAUUCCUGUGAAGAACAGCAACAGUCUGGUGCAGACCUGGGAUGGAGUCAUGCAGGGUGAGCGGCUGCUGACGAUGUCGUGCUCGGACAAGGUGGCGCGCUGGUGCGUGGUGGGGAUGCAGGGCGCACUGCUCUCACGACUGCUGCGGCCCGUGUACCUGCACUCGCUGGUGCUGGGCUCGCUGCUGCACCCCUCGCACAUGUACAGAGCGCUGUGCGGGCGUAUAGAAACUUUUAUCACGUCUUUGCCGCCUCCUUUCAAACUGCAGCCGCCGCUGCUAGCGCGGGCGGCCAGCACCGAGGCGAGGACCCCGGCCAGGGCGCCUUCCUUCAGCGUCUGCUGGUGCGUCACCACACCCUUUCCAGAAGUGGUGAAUGCUACAACCGGCAAGCUGGAGAGCGGCCAGCCGUCUCUUCUGUGCAAGCAAAGCAUGUUUGCCCGCUGGCUGUACCUGGCUACCAGACUACCGUUACUGCAACAGGAGGACGGCGUGCUAGUGGACGCCCUGCCGGAGCAUCUCGACAGCUUAUUGUACAAUGAGGCUAAACAAAUGUGCCCCUCCUACCAGGCGACAAAAGACAGACUGAUCCAAGCAUUCGAGAAAGCGAAACUCGGGCGUUGGGUGAAGAAACCAUUGGAGCAAGAUCAGUUUGUGUGCGAGAUACUAAACGCAGAACCAAUGGCGCUGUUCGCCUAG